UAGUGGAGGCCUUUGGGUCCUGUGGGUUGAAGGGAGGGGCCUCUCCGCACAAAUGCAAAGGCGCAAAGGUUUCUCAGCAGAACGCUGAAUUGCCACAAGAUGGUCAACGUUGUUCACUUCUCCCGUCAGUGGUUUUAAUGUUGUGGCUGAUAAGUUUGAGCCAUUUGAGGGGAAGCGCAUCACUUUGAUUCAAUAAAGUACUCCACUGCUCCUGCCCUUGUCGUACAGCCUCGCCUAAAAAUUCACAGAGAAGCUCGUUAAAAGAACUUGAUGUUCAGCAUAAGCACAUUUUCUCGUCAGUGCAAUGCCAGCUCCAUGACUUUCCUCCCAUUUAAUUAACAGCACAACGUCUAUUAUCUAUUACCUAAGAAGGCAGUUGGCAGCUGGAGCCGUUUAUUUAACGAGUCUUCCUCCAUCCCUUGCAUGAACAUCAGUUAGACCGUUUUCACACUGUUAUCUGUUAACCAUGGAGUAAUGUGAAAAAAAAACAGACUCUCUGCUGACCGUACAAACAGAAAAAAAAAAACUGCCAACGCAAUGCUAAUUUCAUGCCUACGUUUGCAACCAGCGUGCGAGAGCUAACACCUCAGCCGAGCGGAGAGGAGGCUGUUAAACUGAAUUCUGAUGCGUUUGCCGCUGAUGGGAAUAUAAGGUCGUGCUCAGACCGCGCCUGAGUUUCUCAUCAUGCUGAAAUGAAGAGCACUUACAUGGCCUCCUCUCGUGAACUGUUCCUUGCACGCUCUGGUCAGAACAGCAGGCUGUUGAUUGCAUAGUUCAAGAUGGUUGUCUUAGCCGUGGCCCUGUUCGCGGCGUUGUCAUCCUGUGCGUUUGGCUGCUCGGGAAACACGAAUUCUACUGAGCUGGGGCUUUGGCAAAUGGAGAAUCAGCCUUUGGAUGUGCAGUUGGCUGCUGUCUUCAAGGAGAUGGAGAGUCUGAAGUGUGAACAAACAACACUCCAGCAGCAGCACGUCGCUCUGACUCAGAUGCAUCUGAAAAACCAUCAGAAAAGAGCCCAAGAGAAAGUCGAAACACACAUGGUCACGUACGACACAAACCAUGAUGAUGAGGAGGAGGAGGAGGAGGGGGAGGAAGACAGCUUAAAUCUCUCAGACGAGGACUCUAAGAGACGGCGGCGUGACCCCUGCUUCCACUACACGGUCUUGGAUCAAGCCUGGCGCGCCACCAACACCACCACCAGGUCUAAGAUGUGUGAUCGGAACGUCAAGUGGAAAGGCUGGUACCGCCUCUUCUACAAGGGUUUGAGUCUGCAGAUGCCCGAGAGGUGCGUCCCCGUGGACAAAUGCGGCACCCACGCCCCGCUGUGGCUGGCCGGGCCUCACCCGAAGAUCAGGGAUGGCGUCGUCACCCGCAAGGUUUGCGGCCACUGGAAGAAGAAGUGCUGCGCUUUCCCUUCCACUCCAAUCAAGGUCAAGAAGUGUCGGGGCAACUACUACGUCUACCAGUUCACCGCGCCAACGUCGUGCUCCCUGGCCUACUGUGCAGAUAUCAACACGAUUGUUUGUGGGAGAUGCAGAAGAAACCAGUCCUGCGUGAGCAGAGAUAAGAUUAACUGGAGAUGCAAGACUAAGAGAAUGUCUUCCAGAAAGGUCCACUUCUUUGCAUCUUUCCCCGGGCAAAUCACGGGCAAAAUGAACAGGAUCAGGUACAGCAAGGUUCUGGUGAAUGUGGGCCGGGCUUACAACAGCAGGACCGGUGUGUUCAGGGCUCCCGUCAAAGGGGUCUACCAGUUCUUCUUCUCCACUCAGACAGCCAACGUGGGCCUCAAGACCGACCUGUGGCUUGUGAUCAACGGUUACUGGGUGGCCGUCUCCCACACACACGUCACCCGCCCCUCCACUGUUGGAAGCCUGUCCACCUACAUGACGUUCCUCCGCAGAGGGGCGACGGUCUAUGUCACCCACAACCAUGGUAGAUCUUGGGCCAACGCAGCCUCUAUGACUAUUAUAUUUGGUGGCUCGCUGCUUGCGCAGUCUAAAUAAUGCAGGUCUAUUUGUCAGUUAGUUAGUCGGGUUGUUUAACAUAGUUUUUUUUUAUUGAUUUUAAAACUUAUGCUAAUUCAACACUGCUGUAAGUGCUCUGGAGUGUCCGCUUAACGCUUGAAUUAAAGUCUGAUUUGAUGCCUAAAUGUAAAAUGUAUCCUAAAAAGAGGAAAUAAAGAUUAAGUUGUUGUUUUCACAUUA